AUGAAAAAGAUUCAUCAGCGCAUGCCAUUCUUUCACAGGUCAGCCUCCAAACGUAACAUGGGAGAUUCAGAACGUGACGAGGAUGAACCGAACCAAAGGUCUCGGAACAGCAAACUCCACCAACGUGCUAGGUCAAGUCUUGUGCUGCUAUCCCUGAUCUUUGGUCUCGCCACCUCGUCCAUGGGUUCUGUUGGUCGGCCAUUUUUCCUCUUCUUUCAUUCAGCAAAUGAGAUCAUUGUGCGCAUUCUACGCUGGGUUGUCUGGUUCACACCAGUAGGAGUUGCCUCCCUCAUCGCCACGGCGUUCUUGCAGACGUCAGAUCUGGACAGCGCGGUGCGCUCCCUUGGCAUGUUCUCUCUGACUGUGCUGGCGGGCCUCGCCAUUCACCAGAUCGUUCUGGUGCCUAUCGUUUACUUUGUGCUGGUGCGGGAAAACCCGUACCGCUUCUUGCUCUCUCUCGGUCGCCCGUGGCUCGUCAGUUUUGCUGCUGCCAGCUCAGCUGUAGCUAUUCCAGAGACACUAUCGACAUUGGAGAUAAACAGCGGUCUUGACAAGAGAAUCACUCGCUUCGUUGUGCCCUUCGCUUCAACCAUCAACAGAGACGGGAGUUGUGUGUUCAUCAUGUCCGCCUGCACCUUUGUCGGUCAGCUGUCGAAUGAAGAGUUACACGCAGGCACCUUCGUACUUCUGUGGGUGAUCACGACAUUUAUCUCAGUGGCCAUCCCCUCAGUACCUAGUGCCGGCGUGGUAUCUGUAGUCAUUAACCUCACAGCUAUUGGUCUUCCUGUACAGCUUGUCGGACUGCUCUUCGCCACUGAGUGGCUUUUAGACCGGUUCCGAUCAGCCUCAAACAUGUUAAGCCACGCCCAUUGUGCCAUGGUCACCUACAAAUUCUGCAAGGCUCAUCUCCCUCCGGAAAAAUCGACCACUGACAACACUACCCUGGAGGUCAACGAGCCAAUGUUGAGCACACCUGGGAGUGAAGAGCGGAUAGCCAUUGGUCACAUAAAUGAUCACAUCGGAUUUGGUCGGGUAGCGUAAUGGCAUUGAAAAGUGCACAUCAUAUCAAUAAACUGAUCUCUGCAUUGUUACAUUGCAUCAAAUUUGAUCCCGAAUUCCAUUAAGACAUAAUAUUACACAUUCCGAACGUAAACCAAAGAUCUGAUAGGGGCAGGAGCCUGUCUUCUUAAUUAUCUAAAUCGUGUCGAAGGGGGCGUAAAAAAACACCCUACAUUAACACCAAAAAAAUCUGCCCCCUCCACGUCAUGGAGCAUGUAGAUUUACUCGCUUUGUUAUUGGCUGUUUUCAACAAACUGGACCUUAUUGGAACCUAGAUGAUUUAACACGUUUAAAUUUUUGAAAAAUAAUUCUGCCACGGUGGUAGCUUUUGCCCCUCCCUGAAGGAAAAUCAGACCGCCUGCAACGAUUUCAAACCAUAUCAUAUCUGGACCUGACAAAACGUUCUGCAAUGUGCACUUGGUAUAAUAUCAGACACCACAGUCUCCUAGAAGCAACUACCAAUAUAGUUUUAUGUUCUUCAAGUAAAUUCUCUUCAUUUAACAUGUGUUCUUAUAUAAAUUCCAUGUAACCAUGCCGCAUGUUCUUUUUAAUAGAUUCCAUUGUUUAACUGUUGUUCUUUAUAUUAAUUCCAUGUAUCUGACGCAUGUUCUUUAUGAGAAUUUCAUCUGUCUAACAUGUGUUCUUUACAUAAAUUUCAUGUGGCUAACAAGUGCUUUCUAUAUAAACUCCAUGUAUUCACUAUGUUCCUUAUCUAAAUUUCUUUUAUUAAACACGUGUUCCUUAUAUUAUGAAUUCCUGUAUCUAAAAAGACAUUUAUUAGUCUAGUUUAUAAAUAUGUGUUCUCUACAUAGGUUACAUGUAUCUAACACAUGUUCUUUAAAUAAAUUGGACGUAACUGACAUGUGUAGUUUAAAUAAAUUCCAUGUACAUGUGUA